AUGGUGAAUGAACAGGUGUGUAAGUUUGUGGGAAGCUAUGAGGCCGCUUUGAAGGAGCAAUCUAGUGGCCAAAAUGAGAACGAUGUCAUGAAGUCUGCCCAUGACAUCUUCUUAAACGACUACCAGGUCAAGUUCACACUUGAACAUGCGUGGAGGGAGCUGCGGUUUGAUCAAAAAUGGAGAUCAAACUCUGUGUCAAAAGAUGGUGCAAAGGAGAAAAGGAAGGAACCUGUGGAGACGGUGCCUGACUCGGAAGAGGUUAGGCCUCCUGGUGUUAAGGCUUGCAAAGCAGCCAAACGCAAGAAGCAUGGGAAUGAAGCAGCAUUUGAUCGACUGGAGAGCAUUCUAGACUUGAAACAGAACAUAUCCAAACAGAAAUUACUAGAACGUCUCCUAUCCAAAAAAGAUACUCUAACUGAUAGUGAGGUGUCUCUGAAGGACAAACUCAUUUCUGAGAUGCUUUGA